AGAAAAAGGUCGGAGAGAAGAAUCGGAUGAUGAUGAUGAUUAGGUGGAGGAGGAGCUUGGCCUCUUCGACCUCUCUUAUCUCAAGAGGCUUAUGGGCCUCCCUCACUUUCCCUCUUUUGAAGGCAAAGGCAAAGGCAAAGGUAAGCUCCCUGAGGUUGAGUCCGAGCAUCCUGACUGCUUGCUCCUCGUCUUCCCAAACGGAACUAGCAGAGAUAUCAUCAUCGACUUAGACUACCUCGGGAUUAGCUCUGCCAUUAGAGACUUCCCAACUAGUCUAGAUUGGAUUGGGAAGCCCAAUGAGCUGAGUAAAGAGCAUUUUUGCUGGGACAUCAUCUAUAAGACUGCCAAGGCUGUAGAAAAGCCUCCAUCCAUCUCCACCACUUCUAUUGAUGCUUCUUCCUUCAGAAGCAGCAGCGCUCUCUUCAGCCAGGGUUCAUAUCACGAGUUAACGGCCAGGCAAGUUGUUAGGAAGAGAAGAAGUGCUGUUGAUAUGGACGCUGUUACUUUUAUAGACAAGUCUGCGUUUUACCAGAUACUGAUGCACUGCCUCCCUUCCGGCUCCGGCCAGCCCCAAAGGCAAGGGGAUCAACUUGCGCUGCCGUUUCGGGCUCUUCCUUGGGAUUCUGCUGAGGUUCAUCUUGCCUUGUUUGUCCACAGAGUUUCGGGUUUGCCAAAGGGUUUGUAUUUCCUAGUCAGAAACGAGGAUCAUCUCAGCCAUCUCAAGACUGCUACGAGGCCUGAUUUUGAGUGGAAGAAACCUGAUGGAUGCCCCGAUGAUCUUCCUCUCUACAAGCUCACCGAUGGUGAUUGCCAGAAGCUGGCCAAAGGACUAUCAUGUCAUCAGGACAUUGCAGGGGAUGGAUGCUUCAGCUUAGGCAUGAUAGCUCGGUUUGAACCGGCGCUGCGGGAGAAGGGCUCAUGGAUGUAUCCUCGACUCUUCUGGGAGACGGGUGUUGUUGGCCAAGUUUUGUACCUGGAAGCACAGGCAAUGGGGAUCUCUGCUACCGGGAUUGGGUGCUAUUUCGAUGAUCCGGUUCAUGAGAUCCUCGGGAUUAAUGACUCUAGCUUUCAGAGUCUGUACCAUUUCACUGUCGGAGGUCCCGUUGUAGACAAGCGGAUCAUGACUCUUCCUGCUUAUCCUGGUCCUACCACUACCGAUGCCUAGAUCAUCAUAUACUCUCUACUCCGGGUGCGGUGAACCAGCCUUCAUUUUGUAAUCUCGUGCCACGUUUUAGAUCCAUAAUAACGAGUUAAUCUGUAAUAAUUUGCUCUAUCAAAUAGAGACUAUAUAUAACUUAAAGUCUAUCUAAAUGAUUUUUGGUCAUUUAGAUAUUACCAAUCCAAAGUUUAAUAAGAUGAUACUGUAGUUGGAUUGUUUUC